UCUUUGCAAACCAUUUCCCUGUUGACUCAAUUGCGUUCUACACAGAUUCGGUGCUGCCUUGCAUAUUAAGAAAAUUCAACUGUUGGAAGAUUUUUCUUUGCCUGUGGAACAAAUCCAAAACCUGUUCGGAAAACUAACAGUCUGUUUUCACCAAUGGCUGACCCUAUUCGAAUAUCAGCUCUGGGUCGUAAUGGGAGGGUUGGAGAUCUCUACAACCACUUUACCGACGGCAUUAUACCAGUUGAUGUGCCGAACGAACACAAAUGGAUUUCGAAAACUGAGGAAAACCCGACGUUCGAGUUUUUCUAUCAGCAACCUGAAAACUUUAAAAGUCAUUUGCUGGGUAUCAACUCCCACUUGCUUCAGAAUAUCAACCAAGGGUCUGCGUCCAAUCAACAACUUUGGUUCGCCGAUUACCUUAAUACAAACUCGAUGGAUGGCGAUGAAGAACAAGCCCAAGUCACUCUAUUGUUUCGACUAGUACGACGAACGGAAACCCUGGAUUUAACUUUUCUACGAUCCAAAAUCAGCGACUAUCAGCUAAGAAGUGGUGAGGUGGGCGCAUCGCAUGUAAUUGACAAGGUCGUGUACGGUGCGGAGGUGAUUUGCUCUAUGCACAGAGCUUUGCAUUUGAAGCAAGAAACGAAAGAGGCGGCCGAAGUCAGUAUAUACUUGGCGGCCAGAACGUACUUUGACGAGCAAAUUAUGGAAGCGCCAAGCGCAGAAUUGCCACCCGAAUUAGAGAAAGUCUCUAUUACAGUUCUGAGUAGCCUAGAACCUGGUAAAAAGUACGAGGGCUCAUUUAACUUCUUGAAUCGCUACCUGCAAGACUUGCUAAAGCCUGAUACCGAGGAGAAUCAGCAGAAAUGGAAACCCAUUGAAUUCCGUCUUCGAAACAUACCGGCCAUCAGAAUCGAAGCUCGACUGUUGUCAGAGAGGAAAGCUAAGGUCGCUUUCGAAAAAGAACGGCAUCAGGUCACUAAGAAAUGGAUGUUAAAGUACAUUUGUGACGUUUCUAAUGAUCCUUCGCUUAAACGUUUCCCGCUACUCGAAAAGCAUGUUUGCUAUUUCCAAGAUCUGAUGACCCAUUUUUGGAAGAUGGUAGAAGAAGAAUAUAAGAAUUGUGAAACAUGUCUACCCGAAGAAGCUUUGAGCAGGAUGCUAUUGAUUUCAAAUUGCCUGAAUAAAAUAAUCGAAUGGUUUGCCUAUCUGCAGAAGGAGGUUCAACAAAUUGGCAGGCUUUUGAGUGGCACCGAUUUUGAACUAUUGUACUCUGCAGAAAUCGAAGCUCGAAUGAUGAAAAAGAAAAACAACAUGGCCAAACUGUUCAUCUUAAAAGUUGAGGGCAAACAAGACUCUAUAUUAAAUGAUUUAGAGAAAGCAUCGGGUCGACAAGCUUCGAAUGCUAUACUGCCUGUUUUGACGAUUUUCUCUUGUGAGAAAGAGCGAUAUGAAUCCGUUUAUGCUGCUUUACGCAAAUUCUCAGAUGAGGCCAGAUUGGUUUCUGAACAUAGCCCUAGCUCUAGCCACCACAUAGUACUUGACCCUUCGACGUUGGACGAUGGAGCCAUAGCGACUGUAGACUAUUCUUACCAACCACCACGAAAAGUUUCAAUGGAUAAGCUAAGAUCUGCGCCGGACGUUCAGCGGAUUAACUUGAACGGUACAAAUUCAUCAACAUUCGCUGCUGCUCCACAUCAGAAAAAUUUUAACUACGGUAGAAGAAAAGAACUUAACAUGACAGUCAAUGAUUCAAGGAGAGUUCAAGUGCCUGACAGGGUCGAUGAGGUGAAGAAAUUCUAUUGUGGCGCAGGUCAAAAUUAUACGACUCACCGAAAUGCAGAGCCUCACGAAAAUCGAAGAAUCGCUGAAAUUUACGCUGACGAGCGCAGAUCGUACAGCACAUUAAUCAAAAAGGGAUCGCCGAACGUAUACUUACUAAAUGCGACGGAAAAAUCCAACAGCGACAAAGUCAAUUGGUUCGACAUUUGCCGGACCGGCGACCCUAUUCGGUUGCCUAAUCCGAAGAAUCAUAAAAUCAUCAUUUUGAUGGGCGCCACUGGAUCCGGAAAGAGCACUCUGAUCAACGGCAUGGUCAACUACAUCCUCGGUGUCCAGUGGAACGAUCCGUUCCGUUUCAAAUGCGUCCGCGAAGACGAAUCCGAGUCACGGAAUCAGGCGCACAGUCAGACCAGUUCGGUGACGGCCUACACAAUUCACCACCAGGAAGGAAUGGCCGUUCCAUAUUCCAUUACCAUCAUCGACACGCCCGGAUAUGGAGACACAAGAGGAGUAGCACGGGACAAGGAAAUCACGGCCGCCAUCCACAGCUUUCUGACUCAACAAGAAAUUCCAAUCGGUGAAAUUCACGCCGCCUGUUUUGUCGCCGCCUCGGGUGACAGUCGAUUGACGGCCACUCAGCGCUACAUCAUCGACUCGGUUCUUUCUAUCUUUGGAAAAGACAUGAAGUCGAACCUUCGCUUGUUGGUGACAUUUGCUGAUAAUGCUGAUCCUCCCGUCGUCGGUGCUUGUCUUUCUGCCAAUUUCCCUGCGACAUCGGACGGCAUCGCCUACAGCAAAUUCAAUAGUUCCGUUCUCUAUUGUUCCAAUGUGAAACAGGGAGAUGACGAAUUCAGUUUCGACCAGUUGUUCUGGGACAUGGGUCACGACAAUUUUAAGAAAUUUUUUGAUAUGUUGGAGGGAAUGAACGGUAGGAAUCUCACGUCCACUAGGGAAGUCAUUCACAGCAGACACCAACUGGAACAAUCGCUGAAAGACAUUGAAGAAGAAAUGGAAGUGUGUCUAAUCAAAAUCGAAAACAUAGAAAUUUUCCAGCGGAAAAUGAAAACGUGUGGCUAUAAUAUGGAAGCCACCAAGAAUUUCACCUUUGAACAGACAGUAAUGCGCCGUAGGAAGUUCAGCUGUCCCAAGGGAUACUUAGCUUAUAACUGUCAAAGAUGCAACGACACCUGCGAAAAGCUAGUUAAAAAAACGAGUUCACUCCACCAAACAAAAAGGCGUUGUGAAAUUGCCGCCUGUCGAUGUCCGCCAUAUGACCAUAGUGUGCAAGAUAUGGAAUAUCGCAUGGUUCCAGAGAAGGUAACAACGACUUUGUUGGACAUGAAAGCCCAAUACCAAUCGAAUUACGAAGGCAAGAUGGACGCUGAAAAAAUGCUGGACGUGUGCUCGGAUGAGUUGCAAAUAGCUAGAGUCAAAGUCUUGACUCUGCUCGAACAGGUGGCUAAGAACGUCAAGUCACUUGAAUCCACAGCUUUACGUUCGAACGUAGUCAGCCCAUCCGAUUACCUGAGUUUGAUGAGGAGUCGUGUUAUGGAGGAACAGGCACCUGGCUACAUGACACGUCUAGAGACAUUAGAUGAUAUACAGCAGAUGUUGGCCAAUGGUACGUCGCAACCGGUACAUAGCACACGUGCAAGGGACAAUCGACAGCCAACAUCCCAAUCAACAAAUAGCUCAUCUUAUCCGGCUGCCGCGUCAAAUUAUGGUCAAGAAUACAAUAUACCGCCACCUACGCAAUACGAGCCAGUCUCCGGUGAUCACGAAGAGAGUAAACCGAAGGGUAAAUUGGGCUUCUUUGGACUUUGAAAAACAUCGGAAAGUGACAACUGAUUACCACAACAGAGAAAAAAAGCGAAUCGUGGAAGGUUUAAGCUUAUGUUUUGCGUGUAUAUCAAAUUUAAGUUACAGUUCUAACCCUUUCUUUAUCCUAACAAAAGACAUCGCUCCGAAGACAAACAAAAAAUCAAGACAUUGGUGGGUGCGCUUUGUCAAAGGAAUUCUUCAUUUUAAAUCAGUUAACAAAAAUCGAUUAAACCGACUUGCUGCAAUUAAUUUCUGGGAACUCUAAGCUUUAAAAGAAAUGACUUAUAAUUUUAAAAUUAAUGCCAACUUUGCCAAGUGUCAAAAGGU